GACUUGUAGGGUAUUUUCAGUGCUGUAUUCCGAUUUUUGGGUACUCAUUUCCGUGUUUUGGGGAUAAUUUUUUGUGGUCGCACACAUGUCCGUGCCGCCAUCUUGAAUACGUUCACUUGUGUGUUGAAGGAUUUUUUUAUUUUUGGAACUUUUUUCGUAGAGCCUUAUAAGCUCAUAGUUUUUCAUUUCUUGUCUGCUUAGGGUUGUAGGAUAGUUUUUUAGGGACUCGUUGGUAUUUUUACGGCCGUAUUUCGAUUUUUGACAUCGGUUUCGGUCAUUUUUUGUACUUAAAUUUGCUCAUUUUUUUCUACUCACUAGACUGGUUGUACAGCCGUUUUUUGUAGUUGUGAUCCUCUCGCCAGAGUUUAUACUGUGGAGAUAAUUCCACGGUGUUCUUUUUCGGUGAGGUAUAGGGUCGUUUAAGUAGAACUUAGUAAGUAGGGGUAGGCUCUAAUUAGACUAGUUUCAACCCUCUCGCCGAAGUAUUAUUACCGUGGAGAUAAUUCCACGGUGUUUUUCGGUGAGGUAUACUAUGGGUAUAGGGUUGUUUAAGUAGGAGUAGAGUAGUACAGUGAGUAGGAGUAAUUAAAUUAGUUUCAACCCUCUCGCCGAAGUAUUAUUACCGUGGAGAUAAUUCCGCGGUGAUUUUUCGGUGAGGUAUACCAUUGGUAUAGGGUUGUUUAGGUAGGAAUAUUUUAGUAAGAAACUAAGUAAGAUUGUGAAAGAAACUAAGCAAGUUAUUAAGUAGGCAAUAGGUCUUUCCUGUAAGAAACUAAGUAGAUCUAAGUUAGUAAGUAAGCAAGUAUAUCUAUUUUCCUUUAAGAAACUAAGUAAGCAAGAAGUAUUUUCCUUGAAGGAACUACGUACGUUAGUAAGUAAGCAAGAAGGAAGGAUUGGGUAGGUACCUAUAAUUGGGAGUUUUGACUGUCAGUCUUGUUUUGUAUAUCUGUGGAUCUGGGGUUAAAUCGUGGGUGGUAUUUAAUUUCAUCUUCAUUUCAUCAUUACUAAUAUUGUACGGCCAUCUCGCCGAGCAUUAUACCAUGGAGAUAGUUCCGCGGUGUUUUUCGGUGAGGUAUGUUGCCGGUUUAAGUGUAGUCCUUUAGUGUUACUUAGUAGGGUUUAGUUUUGGCCCGCUCGCUGAAGCUGUUCACCGUGGAGAUAAUUCCACGGUGUUUUUCGGUGAGGUUUAGGGUUCAGUAUUUUCCUGUCAGGUACUUAGUAAGCUAUUAGGAAACUAAGUAGGGUAUUAAGUAAGCAAGAAGGAAGGAUUGGUGUAUUUAAUUUUAUCAUUUGGCUAUUUAAUCGUUGCUGAUUUAAAGCCGGUUAUGGCCUCAGAGAAGGUUAAAGUGAAUUAUGGGACUGAGGAGGCCUUACUGGCCGUUGUGGAUAAAACUAAGUCCCACAAGAUUAUUAGUUGGAGGGAGCAAUGUGGGAGCUUAACUGAGGCAUUAUUUUUGCAGUGCCCCCGUCUCCAUGAAGCCAAGGGGCUGUUACAUUUAUUUGAUUUUGAGCCUUAUCGGGAGGAUCAGGCUAAGCAGGCACAAGGGGAGGGGACUGAGCAAACCCAGUCUGUCCAGGGUCCCGAUCCCGUUUCCCCAACUACAAAUGGAGGCCCAGCUGGGCCUAUAGCCAGUUCUACGGCUGAGCGACAGCAGGGGAGGAGCUCGCCGCAACCGGCCAGCUCCCCAGCCGAGCCCACAGCCGAGUAUCGGCUUAGGGCCGUUGACUGUCCGCCGUCCAGGGAAUCCCCACCCGACAGGUCUUAUCCUCCUAGGGAAUCCCCGUUCAGAGAACCCCCACGUAGGGAUUAUUGUUAUCCCCUUUCUAGGGAAUCCCCUCCUAACAAUUAUUGUCCGCCUUCCGGGCAGCCCCCACGUAGGGAUUAUUGUUAUACCCCUUCUAGGGAAUCCCGGCCCGACAAUCAUUAUGCUCCCAGGGAAUCCCCACCAGGGGGUCAGGUAGAUUACAGGUCGCAGGGGCGCCGAGAUUGGCCCCCCCCCCCCCCCCCCCGUCUGCCGAGGUCACUUAGUUACGAUGGGAGGACUAGUUGGCAUUCCUUUCUCAGGAAGUUCACAAGUUAUGCUGUAUCGUGCCAGUGGAGUCCGAGCGAGUGUUUGGACGCACUAGGCUGGUGUUUGGAAGGGUCUGCAUCAGAUUGUUUUUCUAAUCUUCGGGAUAUGGGCACCGAGUCGUAUUACCCGAUGUUGACAGCGAUGGGGCGUCGGUUUGGGGCUACCCGAUUUCCGGAGGAGGCUAUAGCCGAGUUUCGAAAGGCUCGCCAACUCCCGGAGGAGUCCCUCCUUGGGUGGUCCGACCGGCUCCAGGCACCAGGGAAUGUCGACACCCUUCUCGAGGUUCAAGGGAAGGACAUAGGCAGUCUGAAGGUGGGCAUGGGUAGUCUAAAAGUGGACAUGGGUGGAGUGAAGAAAAAACUCGCCAGUUUGAGGACACGCAUGGACAACAUGGAUAGUAUGUUGGCGGAAGUCUUGAAGACUGUUAAAUCUUUGGAGGUCUCCAGGUUCCCCAGGGCCCGCUCUACAUCUCCUAGAUCCAGGGGCUGCUAUGGAUGUGGUCAGUUGGGCCAUUUUCAAAGGGAGUGUCCGGUUAAGUCGGUGUCCUUUGCGGCUACUGAGGAGGCGGGAAACCCGGAGGGAUCGGAGAGCGAGGUCGAUCUCCGAUCUGGAAACCGAGAGGCCUACAAUCGGUAAAUACUGGGGUAGUUAAUGUUAGUGACCCGCCUGACUCUUCGGUCGGUCCCUUGGACAAGGUAGUUAAUGUUAGUGACCCGCCUGACUCUUCGGUCGGUCCCUUUGUCAAGGUAAAUAAUGUUAGUGACCCGCCUGACUCUUUCGGUCGGUCCCUUUGUCCAGGUAGUUAAUGACAAGGUGCAGAGUAAGGGUAAUAUGGACCCUGUGGAGGUGGUAGUGUUAAAUAAAAUAAGAAGCAGUUCUAUGUUUUAUGUGCCUAUUUUAUUUGGGAACAUUAAGUUAAGGGCAAUAGUAGAUACCACUGCUGAAGUUUCCAUUGUUUCUGAUAAAUUCUUCUCCCUUCUGGAUCCAGCACCCCCUAUCCUUCAAACUGUUGUCCUAAGGAC